AUCACAAUCACCAAACUACGACCCUCCGCUCAAACCCCGUGUGAUUCUAUUCCCCAGUCUUGGCGGUCUGUAUAAGCAAAUAAACUCCGUCAUAAAGGCCGACAUUGGCCGCUGUGGGACGAUCGUAAGAUCGAGCGGGGAAUUUCACCGGGCAACAUUAUAGGUCUUGUCUCCGUUACACUGAAAUCGCUCGGAGGGUUAAUGCCUAGAAACGGAAUUCCGGCUUUAAUUUCUCAGAGACCAAGCCAACCGCCUACCUCUAUAUCGGCAAGGUAAUAUAUAGAAAGCUUUGCAUAUCAUUUCGGCACAGGAGAAAUCAACAAUUAAACUUCCAUUGCACACCAUAUAAGCAACAUCCCAAACAUCUUGUCGCCCAUCAUCAUGUUCACAGGUACAAUCCUUUUGCUAGGUGGUACAGGUAAAGUGGCCCGUGAAAUAGCACCACUCCUAUACCCUACCUACCCAGUUGUGAUUGCUUCGCGUUCCGGCUCGAGUUCAGACUCGGCCAAGUACACCGGCGUAAAGUUCGAUUGGCAUGACGAGUCAACAUGGGACGCAGCACUAUCAGCUGGUCCGACACCUGUUAGUUCGGUCUGGAUUGUAGUUCCGGGCAUGCUCGAGCCUGGUCCGGUAGCACGGAAAUUCAUCGGCUUGGCUCGCCAGAAGGGGGCAAUUAGAUUUGUGCUUCUGAGCUCCAGCCAAGUAGAAGAUGGCGGGCCUGCGAUGGGGCAGAUUCACCAGUACCUCAGGGAGCUUGGUGACAAGGCUGAGGCUGAGUGGGCAGUUUUGAGGCCUACAUGGUUUCAGGAGAACUUUUCUGACCAUGAAAAUCACUUCAAGUCUAUCAAAGAGGAAAAUAAGAUCUAUUCUGCGACAGGUUCCGGCAAGGUUCCUUGGGUGUCAACACGUGAUAUCGCAGCUGUUGCACAUCAUGCGCUUACAACUGCUGAAGCACCCAACAGAGAAUUUCUUAUUCUGGGAGGGAAACUGUACACACACAAAGAUCUAGCGCAAAUUUUUACUGAGGUGCUGGGACGUGAAAUCGUGUAUGCUGAGCUCAGUGAAGACGAGCUUGCGCAUCGACAUGGGAAGUUUGGUAUGCCGGCGCAAUAUGCCAGCAUCCUUGCAGCAAUGGAUACAAUCAUCAAGCAUGGCGGCGAGGAUCGUUUAGAUGACACCGUGCUCACAGUGACCGGGAAGAAGCCAAGGAGUUUCAGAGAAUUCGUGGAUGAAAACAAGGUAAUCUGGCAGUAAUUCUGACCGGGCCGUUUUGUCCAACACCAACCUGACUCGGUCACCGUCAAUGAACCCUUGAAAAGCAAGGACGGUGAUCCAAUCCAAAUAUAGUUUCUUUCAAAAAAA